AUGACCGCCGAUGCCGCGGAUGCUGCCGGUGCUGCCGAUGCUGCCGAUGCUGCCGAUGCUGCCGAUGCUGCCGAUGCUGCCGAUGCCGCCGAUGCCGCCCGUUCUCGCCGUGAAUCUGUGAAGGCGUCCAAGCAGAACGCUGCAAAGAAGGCUUGGUCUCAUCCCGGCCACCCGGCCAUGGUCCGGAAUUCUGUGGGCGAACCGAAGGAGAAGCCUGGGUCGUCGAAGACUGCCAUCCGGAAGCUCGUACUGUCACACUACAACCCUGGGGAUAAUGUGGCUGUGGUUGACUCUCUGCUCCGCAAAGUACCCGAGGAGGCCGUGAUGGAAGGUGAGCUGAGGCAGGUCAAUGGAAACGGAGCAUCUAGAAGCCUCGAGUUUGGUGAGAAGAGGAUUGCCCUUGCUUCUAAGAAGGUAGGUGGCGAAUGUUCCACAAAUUUUCUUGUGAAGCCUGGGUGA